AUGCAAGAUGCUUCGCUCGGUUUUGGACGUGUUUUGGGACGAGGAUGUGUGGUUGCCACCGAACAGUUCGUGGGCAGAUGUGGCCCCUGGACCGAACAAGAAAGUUACAUACACUGACCAUUGGGAUGUUUUGCUAACAAUUCCAAUGGCCUUCAUGCUUAUGGCGCUGCGUUUCGUGUUACAUAAUUAUGUAUUUGCGCCAUUCGGCAAAUCAUUAGGCAUUAAGUACACUAGAAAUAAGAAGGCAUUCCCAAACUACAAGCUGGAAGCCGCUUACACAACCGAUCCCGAUUCCAAAAAGAUAUCCGCUUUAUCAAAACAGCUGGACAUGUCCGAGCGUCAGAUCCAGCGCUGGUGGCGCCACCGCCGCCUCCAGGAUAAGCCGUCAGCGCUCGUCAAGUUCUGUGAGAGCGCCUGGCGGAGCACCUUCCUUCUGUAUAGUCUCAUUUUUGGAUUGUACGUCUUGUGGGAUAAGGCGUGGCUCUGGGAUGUUGACUACUGUUUCGUCGGGUAUCCACAUCAGGGCAUAUCCAACGACCUGUGGUGGUACUACAUGAGUGCGUUCGCGUUCAACUGGUCGCAGACGUUCUCACUGCAGUUCGACGUUCGACGGAAGGAUCACCGACAGAUGACCGUGCACCACGCCACGACACUCUUACUGUUGUACUUGAGCUGGGUGUGUAACGCACACAGGACGGGAUCCUUAGUAAUACUUAUUGGUGAUAGCUCGGAAAUGAUGCUUGAGACAAAGAAAGACAUCCGCAGUUCAAGUUCAGAAAUCAGCGAGAAAUCCGACCAAGGCACAACCAACUGA